AUGACCACCAAUCUCUCUACAACUGUCUGCUUCUCAAUCGAACAUGGUGUCAAUCCACCGUAUCCAUACUCUGUGAAGAAGCAGAUUAGACGAUGGAUGAAGGUUGCUGAUAUCGACAAUAAAACCGCCUUUGAAUAUCAAAAGCAUCUGAGGCAUUUGAACAUCGAGGAAUAUAUCCAUGUCUUUAUAAGGUGGGCUCUCGAAUACAUCGAGAACAUGAAAACGAGGACGGCGGCUGGCAAGAACGUGAGAACUUAUCGGAGACCGUACGACAAGCCGUGGCAGACAAACAUGAAAAGAGUAGAGUCAAACACAAGUUCUAUUCCGAGCGUCAAUCAGUUCAAAGGACUAUUACAAACAUUAUUUAUCAACCUCAUAUAUAGUAAGAAUUUGCAAUCAUUCUCGCUGGACAACACCAUGGACAAUGAUACCUGUGCCCAGUUCAUGCGACUGUACGAACCAAAGUCGGCAUCAAAACUCAUCUCUACACCUAUAGAUACCACAUCCGCAUCACAGUUCAAACCGUACCUCGACACGGUAAAAUCCUUUCUCCUCGACGUUUCCACGUACAAAUCCCAACUCAUUUCCCACUUUGCCAUCAACUGCAAUACCAUCCGCUCGCUCCACUUUAACUUUGCCACAUACAACGGCCACACUUGUCAGCGUAUUCGCGAGACUCCCUCAACCAUGGACCUAAUAUCGUCGGCGUCUAGCCUGAUAUCAGCUCAGACAUCUCUGCGCAAAUUAUCUAUCCGUGGUGGCAUUCCCCGAACGAUCGAAAUGCAAAACGCGAUCAAGCAACAAGCACACGCAUUACGCUCAAUCAUCUUUGGAAGCGUCUUGUUUGAAAAUUGGGGCGUAUUGGAUGAAAUUGCAGCGUGCGAAAAGUUGGAAAAGUUGACUUUGGAGAAUUGUGGUGAGAUCAAAGAUGAGAUUUUGCAGCCGAUAGUCGAAAAGCGAUUUUGCAACCUGAGGAAACUGAAAAUCGUCAAGUGUGCCAUCAACAAAGACACGGUCGAGGCAUUGUUGAAAAAGUCUGGAGGAACUAUUCAGACAAUUGCUAUCGAUCAUUCAUUGUCGGGUGGGGGUGAUUAUCCGUACAUUGAGCUAUUUGCGACACAUUGUAGUAAUGUGAGCAAGGCCGAGUUAUCCGUCAGGCAUAGAGACUGUGUACAGAUUCUGAAACUCUGUCAAUUGUGUCCAUCGUUGAGUACUUUGAAAAUUGUAUUUCCUACGAGGUAUUUCGACGCAACAAACACAUAUGCAUCAACAUCAUCACCAUUUUCAUUUACAUCAACACCAUUUUCACCCAUGUUUCCAUCACUUACUUCCACAUCAUCUCAUACUUGCACGCCUUCAAUAGAAAAAGACUUUUCCCUCUUCUUCAGUCAUCUCUCUUCAAUUCAACUUCCCUCACUGUGUACACUUCAUAUUAGUCACAGUCCACCAUUCUCCGCUUCAUCUCUCCGCACGUUCUUCAAGCUAUCACGACCACCGUUGAGAGAAGUCGCAUUCAUUGACAUCAAAGAGUUCAAUGAUGAACAUUUAUCGAUAAAUGGAUCGAUCGGGCAGAAGCCAUCAUUGAUGAAUGCGAUAUCAAGGCGCAGAGAGCAAUUCGAGUAG